CACGCUUUGGUUGCUUGCCUCGAAGAGUCAAAGUUGCUGCUUUAGAUAUCUGUCAUAUUCCACAGCGUCGAUGGAGAACUUGAUCACGUUCCAUCUGGACGGACCAGUGGUCAUGAUUCACAAGGGCUGGCAAACUCGGGAUUUACAAUUGGACAUAACGAAGCCCACCAAGAAAGCAGACUCUACGAAAACGUCAGUGCAUGAACCCUUGACAGCGCCGAGGGAUAUACCCAAGAGACGAUAUGCAUUCGUAAAUUCAACAAAGCCUGGCCGGGGCAGAGACUCGGAAGAAAGAAAGCGGAUCAGACGCCAUGUGAGAAACGAAUUCGUUCGGCUCAAUGGACGCAAAGCAGACCACAAAGAUGGGAAGGCUCUUGGCCGAGUAGCCGGAACUACUCCGUCUCCAACAGCUAUGGAGAACAGGCCAACAGAAACCUUGCCCGUCAGUGCCCCGAUGCUUCUCGGAUAUGCAACGGAAACAUGCUCCUAUCCGAUCGACAUGUCUCAAGAGACACACGCUCUUUUGAGUCAUUACUUGACUUAUGCAUCAAAAAGAAUGUUCCCAAUCGAGUCUCGCCUGAAAUCAAAUCCGUUCAGGUCACCUGAGUGGCUUCACUUUGCUGUGACCGAUUCAGCAAUGUUUCACGCGGUGCUUUAUUCAGCCGCAGUCUACCUUGCACUUGUUGCUGGCAAGCGAGAAUCCAAAGAGACUAUUUACCAUCAGAAUCGGACGGUAGAAAUUCUUCGGCAGCGACUGGGCGAUUCGGAUGGCUGCAUAGCAGAUUCAACUCUUGGUGCAACGUCAUGCUUGGCAAUAGGAGAGGCAAUAUCAGGAAAUGAGAAUCUAUGGCGACUGCAUAUGAAGGGUCUGAAGAAUAUGAUGCUGUCGAGAAGAAGUUUAUCCUCACUAUCACCGUUGAUGAUGUCGAAACUUAGACGAUCGGAUAUUACUGGAGCCAUUGAUUAUGCCACUGCACCCCUCUUACAAUUCGAAAGACAUACUGCUGAACCAACAUGGUCAAUUAUACCAAAAUCCCCACUGGAGGAUAUCAAGUUUGAAUUAUCGAAUGUGUUAACGAGGGCCGAGGUCGAUCCAGAAAUCAUUAACACCAUGGUAGAGUUGGCAUACUUCACCCAAGUAAUCAGCUUGGCAAAUUCAAGGACCGAUAUAUUCCUUAAUCCUACUACAUUCUCGGAAGAUUUAUACUGGAUCGAACACUCUCUGCUGUCAAUAUCAAAGCCGAACUCAGAGGAAAGAACUAUCAAUCGAGCCUGCCGAUUAGGAGCAUUGUUAUAUCUGAAAGGGAUACUCCAAGAAUUCCCACAUUCUGCUACAGGAGCCUCGAUAUUGACGAACCGGCUUCGAGAUUCUUUAGACGAGGUUUACAUGACGGAGGAUAACGUGCAUCUGCUAGCCUGGCUUGCUAUGAUCGGAGCUAUGACAGCCAAGAACGGGGACAGAACUUGGUUCAUCAUAUACUCGAAUCAGUCUACUCUCCUUGGUGGAAUUCAGCGCUCUGAUGGAGCACUUCUUAUGAGCCGAUACCUGGAUCUGAAGACCGCCUUUGGCAGCGCUUUGGACAAAACCUGGAAUGAGAUUUUGAGAAAUCGUUCGUUGGUGGACUUUUCUGAAUCCCAUCCAAGGGGAUGAAAAUCCUGAUAUCGGUCCCUGAUUUCCCGAAUUGGAUGGGGAUAAUCUGAGACCCAUAGUUGAUAAGGUCAAGCCAAACACCACAAACUUGAAAAGAAGUAAGAUCAAGAACAUUCAUCAUCCGGACCAUUUUCCGAGCGCUGGUCGUUUUGGCUAAGACUGUACGUGUGGAUGAUCCGUCAUUCCUGAAAUACAGUACAAUAAAAGCUUCAGAUCCCGCGGUGACCUGACAUAUAUUGUCACGUGGACGACACAUGAUCUACCUCAGCACCUCUAUUUUAUCUCUAGCAAGUUACCUACUUAAGUAGUCCCUCGGAUGAGUGGAACCAGUCAACUUGG